AUGCACCUGCCAGUGGCAGGGGAGCCCGCACCGCCGCGUGCAAGGAAGAAGCGGCGGACGGCCGAGGAGAAAGCGCGGGACGAGGCCCUGAAGCGAGCGCUCCGGGACCAGAAGAAGCUGGCGGCUUCGUUCUCAUCGCAGCGCCAGAUGCUUCAGCACAUGACGGUGCUGGUGGACCCCCGACUCAUGGAGACCGACCUGGGGCUCGCCAUCGGCGCCAAGCUCCAGGAAACGCAGACAGGUCCCCCGGACAAGGCGGUGGCUUUUGUGGUUCGGGACGUGGGGCUGGCGCAGUACAGGGCGGUGCGCUGGACCAGGCGGAUGCUGGAAGACCCCGGACAAGAAGCCGCCGAGUUCGUGGAGGCGGUCCAGGCAGACGGCCUGGCCGGCCUGCUGUGCACGCUGACCACGCACUGCCCUGCCGCCCGGCCCCACCUCCUCGUCUGUGGCCUGGCCGCACACCUCGCCCGCCUUGAGCGGGCUCAGCAUGCACAGCACAUGGGCACGGGCGGCGCGGCGCCCAGUGCGGUCUCCCGCGUGGCCGUGGAGGACCUCGUCACCGGCCUGGCCGUCAGCUACCCAGGCUUGGGCUUCAGGGAGGCCGUCGACGGGCACGCUGCGGCCGAGCACGUGCUGCUGCUCACCACCGCCAUUGCACGCACCGCCUUUGCCAAGAGCGAGUCGGUGCAGUGGUUCCAGGCACACAGCAAGCGGUGCGGGACCGCCAUGGAGGCCCUGCUGGCCCAGCACCCGGUGACCGGCGCUGAGCAGCAGAACAUUGAGGCGUUGUGCAAGCUGCCGUCCGUGCUGCCCAGCAUUGCGCACGCAGUAGUUGGCCGCUUUGGCAACCUGGGCAGGCUCAUGGAUGAGCUGGCCCGGGCACGUGGCAGCGCGACGCUGCCCGCCUUCCGGUCAGGCAUCGAGCGCAUGAUGCGCACGGGGACGAGCCGGCCCACCAAGGUGGGACCCAAGGCCGCCGCCUCGCUCACAGACUGGCUGAGCUGCACCGCCCCUGAGCGCAGGGUCUGCGGCGAGGCGGCCUAA